CGUUUACGCCUGCUGCACCAAUGCGACUACUUGGCAUCACCGUGUGGGCUUUCGUCAGCAUCACCUUUGUUGGAGUGCUCGCCUACUGCCUGCUACUGUGGAGCCAGUACUGGAGGUGGGCUUCACGGCACAGCUCCGGAGCGUUGGAGGUAGCCACCGUUCGCGGUCACUUGCCGGCGCCUGCAGCGGCGCUGGCUGUGCUCAAUUCCAACGGAUCGCUCGUUGGAGGCGUGCUUCAAAUCCACAGGAUGGCUCCUCUCCCAAAAGACAAGCUGCUCGCCAAGGUGGAAGCUUACCGGGUGCAGCUGGUGCGUCAGCUGCGUCGCGCCCAGUGGGAUAGCAACAGGCCGGUCGGGGCCGGAGGUAGGGACCCCCAGGAGUACCGCUACAACGUCCGCUCCAGGGGCCCCAAGAUGCGCAAGUUUGCGGCCCCGUCGGAGCUGCUCGACAGAGCUCGUCGGCUACGGCUACGGAUGAUCACCAGGGACACGGAGCCUUUUAAGCGCAUGGGCUACAGUCGCUACUUUCCGACUACGAACCUGUACGAGAGCUGCUACAACAGCUGUGCCCUUGUAUCCAGCGCGGGCUCCCUCCUGGGCUCGCGGCUCGGCAAUGAAAUCGAUGCUCACCAGGCCGUGCUGCGCUUCAACGACGCCCCGACGCAGGGCUUCGAGCAGGACGUGGGCAGCCGCACGACGGUGCGCCUGCUCAACUCGCAGCUGCUGUCCCGGCCAGAGUUCGACUUCUUCAACUCGCCGAUGUUUCGGAACCUUACCCUCAUCGCCUGGGACCCUUCCCGCCAGGGACAGUCGUUGGAACAGUGGGUGAAGAAGCCCGACUUCGACCUGUUCCCGGGCUACUGGCUGCGCCGUGAGGUGCUCCCUGAGGAGCCCUUCUACCUGCUGCACCCGGACUCCGUCUGGGAGGCCUGGCACUUCCUCGACAGGGAGAACCCGGGACCCGUGGUGCGGAACCCACCCUCCAGCGGCUUUCUCGGCCUGCUGCUUCUGCUGGGCCUGUGUCGUCGGCUGGACGCGUACGAGCUUGUGCCGUCCAUGCGUCUCACCAAGCGCUGCCACUACUACGAGGUGCACGAGGACCUCGGAUGCACCCUGGGGGACUGGCACCCGCUGGCCGCCGAGAAGUUGCUCGCGUUGCACAUGGCCGUCCCGGAAGUCCUGGACCAGGUGUUCGCUCAGGGACGUCUUCCUCUUGGCGGAGGCUCCUCUGCGGCCCCGUGAGCGGCAAGGACUUCGAUGGUGCGCCUCCAGACUGACCAGUGUGCAGAGGGCUCUUCCCGCUCUCCCAUCCACUAGGGGGAUAUUUGGGGCCGCGUGUGUUAGCGCAGCGCAGCUUGGAGCUCGUGGGGCGAAUGCUCGCGCUGUCGUUCCCAUGGAUCCUGGGCUUAAUCCCCACCCUUGCCCUCUUCGAUCUGGAUGAGCAUCGCCGUGUAUCGCUAACGCGUGACGCGCGUUAAACAGCCCAGGUUAUCAGUAAUGCUUUACUGGCAAUAAUCCUCAUACUACAGCGGAUGUACCAGACGCCCGUUGGGGUUUUGACUAACUUUCUGUUCCAUGCAGCCAUUUUUUGCUGCAUGGCAUUUUAUUUUUUCUGCACAUGCGGCAGCCUCUUACUUGCAGAGAGACGUCACGAGAACUAUCUUACCUGCUGUGAACUAAAGUUAUUGCGGCAUCACGCAUGCGCUGAAAAAGCUUGGUGAUAUCAAUCAAUUACAACGCUUGAAAGGAAGUCAUCGGUUGUUCGGCCGGUUUGGUGAGACAUUUCGGUAAUCGGAACAAGUCAGCCGCAGUGAGAGGCAUUGAAAUGCGCCGUCACCCUCUCUCGACCAUGUCUUGGUUAGCGAUUUAAGAUCAUUCUGAUUCUGUCUUGCUGCAAACCACGUGGGCAGAGGCUCAAACGAAUGUUGUUGCUCCCAAAGAAAUAUGUCCAGAAAGAAUAUACUUUAAAUGGGUAUCAAAUACUCCCGAAACGUGAUUAGUGACGCAGCUGACUGCCAUGUAUAGUGUUACGAGGCUGGCCGGGAAUGACACGCAGGUUAUGCUGAGGGGGUACUUACCUAGUAAUAACUGCGUAGUGAAUAUCUCGAACUAUAGCCACGGACAAUGAGAAUGGUUCCUCGGUUAAAUCUGCUAUUAUAUAUCUGUUGUAGCUGUACCCGAGUUUGACCAGUUUAAGUGUGAGACAUCCCCCUUUCCGUCUCUUUUACCUUCAACUUCUGCAAUCUUCCUAUUAUCUAUUCAUUUUUUACCACGCUGGCGGGUAGUUUUGCGUUAUGAAUAACUUACAUUAGCUCGCUUACACUGCCCUUUUGUUAAUUUGUUUUUCUAACAUGACCUUUUUUAGUUAGACCGACGAAGAUGAUAUGCUUCUGGCCGCACCACGGACUGUUGACAAAUCACAAAUUUCACAACUUUUGCCGCAAAGCAUAGAAUCUCCCGAACUAGAGAUUGCCGUGCAACUUACAGUGAGUCCCACUACACCUGUAUGGUAGAUAAACUGCUGCAUACGUAGCGAUGCGCCGUUUGCAAAUGAAAAAAAAACAAAACAAAAAAAAACAGACACAAUAAAUCGCAAUUGAGUGCCAUUUGUUGUUACGGCGAAGCAACAGCCUUGCUGCUUAGACCUCGUUUUGUACGCCACAGAGUAUGAAUAUCACGUACAUCAUUAUAUUUUAUCUUAUUCCUCGGUGAUGUUUGUUCCACGUGACCGAACGAAGAUUGUGCGGCCUUUUCCUCAAUUAUAUGCAGAUGAAGACGACGGAACAGAGGCCUGAUUGGGGAGGUCAUCUUGUCGUUCUGCAUUGCAGCCUUCGUUUGCUCUUCCUUUGCACGUAAUUGACGGACGUCGGACGUCUUUUCACUCGCUUAACCUUGGGUGGAGCGAUGAACCGAGCACGAACACAAUUACGGCCCCGAACCCUACACACUCCUUCCAGCAUGUAUUAUCGUGUUCGUUGGCAACCAAGUUCUGUAGCGUAGCGACAGAGUCCUGAAUGCUGGACUUGUCCCAAUUUUCAUUUUUAUUUCAAGCAUCGUUACUUCGUAAUUACGAAAAACCCCGAGACUAGCGUCAAAAAGAAGGACCCCUCUCCUCCUUUUUUUUUGUUUUAUGUUGUUUUUACCCUAAUCUCAGAGUUUUCUGUAAUUCUGUUAAAUUUACACAACAUCGUUUGCACACCCACUCUAUCUCUUUGUUAUAUAUGGCGGCUAAUAUUGUGUCUUUUUUCAUUUACCUGCUACCUCGUAACGUGCUUUACGCAUACAGCUAUGUCUCGGUAAUAGAGACUUUUUAGCAAACCGUUACCCUGAUCCUCGUACUGCACUACCGGAGCCUUUAAAGCGUGCUUUUAAGCGCGCGCCUUGCGGUCAAGGUAUCACCCUGAAAGGCUUCGGUAGUGCGGUACGCGGAACACGGUUACCGUUGGCUAACACUCCCUAAUAUGGACACCUCUGUUUCCCAAAAGAAUCGCUCCUAAUGUGAGUCGUCUGUAAUAACGAUUCAAGUUAAAGAGUGAAAAUAAUUAACAACAAAAGUGGCCACAAAAGCCUUGAUGCCGUAAUUCCUGGCCGCUUCCGCUUCACGCCUGACAUGGUCUUACCUCCUUCUAUAGUAUAUGGGUAAGUGUCCUUACUUUCAUGCAAAACUGGUACAUUUGACCUAUGAAUGUUCUUCAGGUUUGUCAUUCGUGGGCGCGACACACAUGGGGACAGAAGGGCAAGUAACCAACUUGACCGGAAAUUCCCGAAAGAUCGAACCGAUUAUUUGGUGCUCAGGUCUUACUUACAUGUGUGUCUCAGAAGAGACAACCAACCACAGACAGUAGUAAAACUCUGGGCGUAUACCCCGUAACCUAAAA